AAAAAUUAAACUUGGUUAGUUUUGACCCGUUUUGCUAAAAUUUGGGAUCGUUUGAGGGAGAACUGGCUGUUAUUAGACCACGGAAUGAUGUCAGUGUUUCCGGGACGCCCUGUAAAACAGCAGUCUGGUCAGAAAUGUGACUUCGUGAUGUUGUUGUGAAUGUGAUUGUGGCGGGGGCGGGGCGCUCUACUUCAUCGCGAGAUUGGGCGGGAUUCACGCGCUGUCCGACCGGAUCAUGGCGCUGAGCCUCCGCGGCCGCCCGAGCCGCAGUGUCCGGCUGAGAGGUCGAAAUGACAGCGGCGAGGAGAACGUUCCGCUGGAUCUCAGCAGAGAGCCCUCCGAUAACAUGAGAGAAAUCCUCCAAAACGUUGCCAAAGCUCACGGCGUCUCCAACAUGAGGAAGCUCGGCCAUCUGAACAACUUUGUGAAGCUGUUGAACAGUGUGGGUCAUCGUGAGGAGAAGUUCGGGUUCAGUUAUGAGGAAAUCAUCAUCUGUCUGAGGCUGGCUCUGCUGAAUGAGGUGAAGGAGGUUCGCGCUGCAGGUUUGAGAGCGCUUCGCUAUUUAAUCCGAGACCGCAGUGUCCUGCAGAAGGUCCUCCAGCUGCAGGUGGAUUACCUCAUCUCCAGGUGUCUAGACAUCCAGCAGAGCAACGAGGUGGAGCAGACUCAGGCGCUCCGACUGCUCACCAGGAUUAUAGCGGUGGAUGCUGCGCUCUUCCCCUCCUCGGUCACCAACUCCCUGGUUGCCGUGGGUAACAAUGGCCUCCACGAGCACGAGAAGGACCACAUGGUUCUGGCCUGUAACGCUAUCCUCUGUGAACUCGCUGUGAAGAACCCGGAGCUGGUGGCGGGACGUGGAGGUCUGAGCACUCUGCUGAAGAACGUUCUGGACUGUCAGCACAGCCGCAUCAACGAGGCUCUGAUUUCUACAGUGCUGCACCUGCUGAACCACCCGCAGACGCGGCAGUACGUACGGGCGGACGUGGAGCUGGAGCAAAUUUUGGCACCUUACACAGACUUCCACUACAGACACAACCCAGACACAACAGAAGCACAGCUGAAGGCGGAUCGUGAGGCUCGGUUCUCGGCCAGUAAAAUGGCCAUCGUGGCUGCGUUCCGCUCGUGGUCAGGUAUUAUUAACCUGUGUAAAGUGGGAAACUCAGGAAUCCAGUCUCUGAUUGGUCUGCUCUGUAUACCAAAUAUGGAAAUCAGGAAAGCCCUGUUGGAGGUGCUCUAUGAAAUCUUCCGGCUGCCCGUUCCCAUGGUUACGGCUGAAUUUGAGGAAGCUCUUCACAGCAUCGACCCCAGCAGGCCUCAGGACAGCUGGAGGCUGGGAGAUGGGUUUGUAGCUGCUGAGGCCAAAGUCCUCCUCCCUCACAGAGCCAGAUCACGGCCAGACCUCCUGGAUAACUACCUGGCCCUGAUCCUGUCCACCCUCAUCACCUGCGGCCUGCUGGAGGGUCUGGUGGAGGUGGUGACGAGCAGUGAUGAUGUCCUCUCAGUGAGAGCCACAGUCCUGCUGGGGGAGCUUCUGCACAUGGCUAGCUCUCUCCUCCCACAUUCCCACAGUCACCACCUACACUGUCUGCCGACUCUCAUCAACAUGGCCGCCUCCUUCGACAUCUCUCCUGAGAAACGACUGCGAGCCAGUGCGGCGGUGACCCAGCUGAAGCGUCUCCACGAGCUGAAGAAGCGCAAUCCUAAACCACACAGCCUUUACCUCCAGCUCAUCCUGCAGCAGAGCUCGCACAGAGACUCCCACCGCUCUCACAGAGACGCCUACGUCAUUAAGGACACUGAAGAUGCACUGAUGAUGAAUCUGAGGGACAGUCAGAUCCUCAACCACAAACAGAACCUGGAGUGGAACUGGGUUCUCAUCUCUACUGUACUGAAGUGGCCAAACUCAAACCUCAGGAACUACCGGGAUGAGCAGGUGCACAGGUUUGUGCGCAGGUUGCUGUAUUUCUAUAAGCCUAGCAGUAAACUGUACUGUGUUCUGGAGUUGGAACAUCCUAAAGCUCCUCAGCUCACUUCGGCUGGCUGCCAACUCAUCAACUUCCUGCUGGACUCUGAAGACGAUGGUCAGGUGUAUCUGGAGGACUUGGUGAAGGAUAUUGUCCAGUGGCUCUCUUCCUUUUCUGGGAUGAAGUCUGAGCGCAGUCUCCAGAGUAACGGUCUACUGAGCAUGCUCAGUCAGCACUACUUCCUGUUUCUGGGUACGCUGUCUGGGCAGCCUUCGGGAGUCAAAACGAUGGAGAAAUGUGGAGCGUUUCAGUGUCUGUUGAACCUGUGCUCAGUGAAGAAUCAGGAUGCCCUGCUGAAGCUGACCGUGUCCUCGCUGGACUACAGCAGGGACGGACUGGCCCGGAUCAUUCUGUCCAAAAUCCUCACCGCUGGAUCUGAUAGCUGUCGCCUGUACGCCACUAAGCACCUGCGUGUCCUGCUGAGGGCUAACGUGGAGUUCUUCAGUAACUGGGGCAUCGAGCUGCUGGUCACUCAGCUCCCUGACCACAGUAAGGCCGUCUCCAUGGAAGCGCUGGACAUCCUAGACGAGGCCUGUGAGGAGAAGGCCAACCUGCACGCACUUAUACACAUGAAACCUGCACUGACUCACCUGGGAGAUAAAGGACUGCUGCUGCUGCUCAGAUUCCUGUCCAUUCCCAAGGGUUUCUCCUACCUGAACGAGAGAGGAUACGUCAGCCAGCAGCUGGAGAAAUGGCACAGAGAGUACAAUCUGAAGUAUGUGGACAUGGUGGAGGAGCUGAUGAACGAAGCCCUGACCACCUACCGCAAACCCGUUGACGGAGACAACUACGUCCGCCGAAGCAGCCAGAGGUUACAGAGUCCCAACGUCUACCUGCCUGUACACCUGUACGGUCAGCUGGUGCACGACAAGACCGGCUGUCUGCUGCUGGAGGCUCAGAACGUUGUUCCAGAUCUGAGCUACACAGUACGUUCUCCUGUUCUAGACACGUGGGAGGGGAUUAAGCAGCUGAAGGCAGCGCUGUGGGCACUGGGGAACAUCGGCAGCUCUAACUGGGGGGUGAAUCUCCUGCAGGAGGAGAACAUCAUCCCAGAUAUCAUCAGUCUGGCACAGCGCUGUGAAGUGCUGUCUAUACGCGGGAUUUGUGUGUAUGUGCUGGGUGUGAUCAGUCGGACUCGGCAGGGCAGUGAGGUUCUGAAGGUUUUGGGCUGGGACUCGGUUCGUCAUGGCCGGAGGCAGCAGUGGCCCGUCGUCGAGGACGCGGAGACGCGGUUGCCGGGGGAACUGAGCUCCAUCCCGAGCACGCUCAGUUUAAACUCUGAGUCUAACAGCUCUCAGAGAGAGAGCGAGAGUGAGAGUCAGCCCAGUCUGUACUUUGUGGAUGAUGAGAGUGACGGAGUGGAGCGCUGCGAGGACGUACCGGCCUGCGUACGCUCUAAACCGGUGAAGGACCGGAGUCCGUUCACCAUCCUGUCGUCGUCUCGUCUGGUCAGAAACCGUUUCCUGAACUCCCUCCCGCUGCCCAGCAUGAAGCCCCGCAGCGUGAGCGACCCUAAACAUCCCUCCGGGGGGAAGAAGUCUCCCGAGGAGCUGCAGCCGGGCGCCGUCCGGAGAAACCGCACGCUGACCGAGCCCUCGAGCUACUCGCCGGACGGCGCCACGCAGGGAGAGGUGUUCUAUAACGGGGGCCGAUCCCCCCACAGCCCCGCCGUGAGCCUCGAAACAUCGUUCGUGGGCCCAAAAAUCCUCCAGGACGGCAUGGGGGUGGGAGAGGGGUCCGACACGGAGGGCAGAGCUUUGCAGAACUGUGUGAAAGGUCAGCGUAAAGCGGUCACCCUGGACAAGGGGUUGGAGCUGGAGGUCAAAGGUCAGCGCGAGAGGAGGGUCUGUGAAGGGCCGUCCUCCGGGCUGCCGGGGGGAGCCUUAAAGAGCCGCAGCCAGAGCUUCAACACGGACACCACGACCAGCGGCAUCAGCUCCAUGAGCUCCUCGCCCUCCCGGGAGACCGCAUCCGCCGUCACCAUGGAUACGGACUGCGGCAGCAUCAGCACCGUGGUCAGCGCCAACACGGUGAAGACCGAUACGAGUGCGAGUGUGUCCCUGGUUCCUCCCGGUUCUGCCCACACUCUGCCCCGCCGGGCGGCGUCCCUGCGCUCCUCCUCCACGGUGAAGAGUCUGGUGGACUACAGCAGCUUCAGCCCGCGGGACGCCCUGGGUUACGCCACGCUGAGGAGGCUGCAGCAGCAGAGGAUCCACCCCUCGCUCUCCCACAGCGAGGUGCUGGCCUCGCCCGCCAAAGACGUGCUGUUCACCGACGCCAUCACCAUGAAGACACGCAGCCUGGACCUGCGGCUCCACGCUCCACGCAGGUUCCUGAAGGCCCUGAGCUUCGUGUCUCUGGAUAAGGACGACCUCCUGAGCCCCAUAAACCACUCCACACUGCAGCGCUCCGCCUCCCUGCGCUCCAUGGUCUCUAGCGCCACCUACUGCAGUAAUGAGGAUUACAUCGGCCUCGCCCUGCCCACGGACAUCACCGACCUCUUCCACGUUGAUGAAACCUCAUACUUACAGAAGAGAACGAGCCCACCAGCUAUAGAGAAGUCGGUGUUCUUCGGAGACUCUGAAAGAUUGAUGGACAGCUGUCGAGCCGCUUUGAAGCAGCGGGUCAGUAUUACAGAGCUGUUGAGCGGCAGUCGAUCGGAGCAGCGCCACCUGCUGGGCGGAGAGGAGAGUACGGGACUGAAGGAGCACACAGAUCAAAACUGUCUGUACUGCAGUGGCCUCGCUGCCCUGGGGGAGCACACACACACUCCUCUCAACAACACACACUUACGCACUGACCUGACUGAUGGAUUCUCCUCCCACUGGCAGCCCAAACCUUCUCAUACUCACCUGGAGGUGGUGGCUCAGUCCAAGUUCUCCGGGGUUUCUGGGUGCAGCGAUGCAGCUGUGAGCCAGGGUUCCUCCAGCAGCACCCCCAGCACCGAGAUACUACUGGGUGGUAAAGUGAUCUCGGAGGAUGGUACUGCCUGCCGAGUGCUGCUGAGGAAGGAGAUUCUGCGUCUGGUCAUCAACCUGAGCUCGUCCGUUGGUACUAAAGGAAACGAAACCGGCCUGCUAACGAUAAAGGAGAAGUUCCCGUGUGCGUUUGACGACGCGUGUCUGUACUCGGAGGUGUCGUUCCUGCUGUCUAGCUGCAGGUUCCGCCUGGCGUCCCGCCGCUUCAUCCAGGAGCUCUUCCAGGACGUGCAGUUCAGUCCGCUGUUUGAUCAGGCCGAAGCUGUCCUAUCCAAACCGGUCAGCUCUGUCUGAGAGGAACCUCCCGCUGAGUCCUGAGAGAGUUUCUACCACCUCCUCUUUUCCUCCACUCUUCUCCAUCCCUCCUUCCCUCUGUCCAGCCUUCUGCUCCUCCCUUCGUUAGAUGAAGGACGACGCCAGUAGAGGAGGCGUUGGGUCCUGUGUCCAAGCUGGAGAGAAAGAAAGGUAAGGAGGGUGGAAAUGCCCCUCGCUUUAAAGGACCACCUCGGAACAGACAGCUACAGCGCCACCUUCUGGACACGCACUGAAGUUCUGGAGGAGACGCAGAGUACCAAAUCAUGUGGAGCUGAGAGAACCUCAGUAGAACAUUUGAAGCUAAGACUGAUGGAGAUCUCUCUCCGGUUCUAACGCAGGACAUCUUUAAGGGUGAUUUGUCUGCCCGAGGGCCGCACUGCGCUGGGAGACGGGUCACUCCUGCUCGUAUCAGCUCCACUCUCAGCGCUGAAACACUACAACAGAAGAGACUCGGCUCCCGGCUGAGUUCAGGACUUCCACACAGUGAUCAAAGGACUGACACGACCGUCAGGAAAGCGAUCAUGUUUAAAUUAUUUAUUUUUCCUCCUUCUGUGAGUUUUUCAAUCCAGACAAUCAGGUGUGGGUGUUUUAUUGCACAGACAGUCCUCAUCACCGUAGAGUCACUGCAUGUAGAUACAGAAGAAAAAGCUCUUUAUUCACAACAGACAUUUCUAUUAUAUACACUACAGGCCAAAGACGCGGAAACGUUGUUAAUAUUAAUAAUAUUUAUAAAUAUAAUUAGUAUUUUACAAUAAAAGGGCCCAUAUAAUGGAGAACCGAAACUUUUCUUUUCUUAAGAGUUAUGAUGUAGGAUUUAAACUUUAAGCCCCACCCACUCAUCUUACAACAGUGUAGCCCCGCCCAUUCAGCCUACAGCAGUUUAGCCUUAGUCUUAAAGGUGACAGAAGCAGCCUGUUUAACUGUGAGGGACGAAGAGAGGCUGGAAAUGAUCGUAUAGAAAUGAACAAUGUUUUUGGUACAAAGAUCCACAAACGUUCUAAGUGGAACUCAGGGAGAACAAAUCCAGUACGACCGGAACGCAGGAUAUGGGCUCUUUAAUCUGCUCUCCAGUAGCAGAACAUGCUUAUCAGCCAGAGGAGUUCCAGAACCUUCCACAGGCCGUUCUCUCCACUCCAGUGUGUUCUUUAUGGUUAAUAAGCCUGGUUCCCACCGUUUGGCCUGUAGUGUAGUUACUGCUGCCCCCCCCCGGCAUGCUGUCUGAGGAUAUUUGCACAUGUGCAGUGUGAGUGAGUAGCAGUAGAGCCGACUGUAGAUUACAAUAGUUUUAUAGACGUUUAACUAAAAGCUUUUCCCAAAACCUCUGACUGAGCUGCUGCUGCUGCUGCUGUGGUUUAGCUUUAUUAUACUCCCUGCCUGCCAGAAGUAUUAGGACACCUCGCUUUCCAGAAUGCCUCCAACACCAGUCUUAGUCCGUCUGCAGUCAGAUUUAGUUCCGUUAUUUUGGUACGAUUCAGAGAGUAAAUAUUCAGAGGGCGAGAACAGAGUCGGCAGAGUUUUACUCUAGACAGACAGCAGGUUAAUGAGGUAAGUAAGGUGAGGCGGGUCAGAGCGCUCGCUCUGCUGAUACACCUGAAGCACAUCACAGCAUCAUUACACACACCUCACUGCACAUGCAGCUCUUCAUUACAUUAGUGUUAAAUAAAUAGGACACGAUCAAAAUUGAACAUUUUUAAAUGCCUGUCUGGCGCAUUAAGGAGUAAAUAAUGCUGUUCGUUUGCUGUUUUUAACUCACAGUUACAGGUAGUAAAAGAUAAUAAUUAGUUUAAAUUAAUUAUUUUUUUAAUUAAAAUGAGAAAAUUUGGCUGUAAAGAAAUCAGAGUUGGGCUGUGAGUUAAUGAUCACUGCAUCUGUAAUAAAUACACAGUUAAAGAAAUUCAACACCUCAGCGCCGUAUUGACCAUUUUUGUUUUAUGUUUUGUUGUUUUUGUGCUUUUCCGUUUGAAAAUUCGGCUUUGUUUGGCCAAAGAUUGAAUAUGUGGUAACAUUCCAGAGUCGGAAUCAACCCAUAGUGAUACGUUUUACACCCCUGAUUAACGUUUUUAGCUG